GUCCGCAUGAGCCCAGCCCGUGUCAAUCAAAACUUGUUGGAAUCACAAUGGUCGGCCCGUCGGUCCACACACUUUAUGACACACAAACGCACACACAGGGUCAGACGGCUGUACAAACAUGGCACCAGUGUGUGUCUCUCACACCAACGUAACGAUACAAUGGUGCCACAACACCCACCCCCACUCCUCAGUGCACAGCAGAGAAGUAGUCAGUGAUCUUUCGCUGCAGCGGGUCACAGACACAACCGAUGCGGCGGACCUCCGUGCGACACACAUGGGCCAGCGGGGUCAGUUCCACGACGUCAAAACCGGCCGCCCGCAGCAGCGCAUCAAAGCGGCCGCGGCCAAGCUUAACUUGCUCGAACGCGCUCAGGAAGUGGCUGUCUUUCUCUCUCCCCUGUCCCCAGCAGCGAUCCACCUCAAGCACGAUGCUAUUCAGACACGGCAGGUGAGCAAUGGGUGUAUGAAUAGCAUCCUUUCAUACGUGGGUCACGUCUGUCUUCCCUGCUCACCCCCUGGCUGCUCGAUCACCGUGAUCAAUCACAGCUUCCGUUGCAGGAAUGACUCCAUCUGUCGCAGGCCCACCAACUCCCAAAUCGGGCACGUACGGACAACAUUCUUGUCGUCUUUGACCAGCUCCGUCUGCGAACCCACACCGCCCAUUAUGUACACCCCCCGUCGGGGGCGCCUGAGCACGCCUCCCAUGGUCGCAACCUUGAGCGUCACCCGCUUCAGAUGAGUCAGAUCAGGCGGGCACUCGAACAGCGAGGACAGCACCGCCCCGUCCUCGCCAUUGUCCCACUUCUCGAUGGCCAACGCCCGAACGUCACAGUCGGCCUUCCCCGUUUCGUACUCGAGCGAAUGGAGCUGCGAAGUGUGCUGCCGCCACCAUCGGCCGCGGCCGUCUCCCGCGGUGGUGUGCCGCUGCGAGACCUUGUCGUCGCACAUGCUCAAUGACCGCAGCGACGUGGAACCAGACCAGC